AUGUCCGAGUCAGACUACAUGUCCGAUGGGUCCGAGGGCUUCACUCUCCCCGCAAACAAGGCUGCUGCUUCCAAAGCAAAAGCAGCGGCUAAGCCAAAAGCUGCGGCGGGUGCCAAGGCAGGUGCCUCCAAAGCCAACGGCGCUGCCGCCAAGCCAAAGAAGCAGCCCCUCGCCAAACGCAACAGCAACGGCGCUGACAGCGAUCACGACGUCAGCAUGAUGGACAGCGAGGCCGACGUCUCGUUCCAGCCUCCUGCUCCCGCCAAAUCUGGAAACAGCAAAAGCGCUUCCGAGACCUACCAGAAGCUGUCGCAGCUCGAACAUAUUCUGAAACGUCCCGACACCUACAUCGGCAGUGUCGAAAAGCAUACAGAAAAACUCUGGGUGUUUGACAAGACCAAAAAGCAAAUGGUGUACCGCGAGACCACAUUCGUGCCCGGUUUCUACAAGAUCUUCGACGAGAUCCUCGUUAACGCCGCCGACAACAAGGCGCGCGACCCGAACAUGACCCAUCUCAAGGUCGAGAUCAACCGCGAAGAGGGCUCCAUCAUGGUGUGGAACAACGGUCACGGUAUCCCUGUCGAGAUGCACGAAAAGGAAAAGGUCUACAUCCCCGAGCUCAUUUUUGGCCACCUCCUCACCUCGUCCAACUACGACGAUAACGAGGCCAAGGUCACCGGUGGUCGUAACGGUUACGGUGCCAAGCUCGCUAAUAUCUACUCCACCGAGUUCACAGUCGAGACCGCUGACUCCAAAAACCAGUGCAAGUACAAGCAGACCUUCACCAAGAACAUGCACGACAAGGGCAAGCCCAAGAUCACCAAGCACAGCAAGGCCGACGAGUACACCUCGAUCACCUUCAAACCCGACCUGGCCCUCUUUGGCAUGGAGGCCAUCGACGACCACAUGGAAGCUCUCAUGCUUAAGCGCGUCUACGACAUGGCCGGCACCGUCAAGGGCAUCAAGGUCACGCUCAACGGCGAGCUUCUCAAGAUCAAGAACUUCAAGCAGUAUGUCGAGAUGUACGUAUCGGCCAUCAACGAGCUUGGCGGCAAGACCGACAACGCCGAAGAGGGCGAGGGGGCCUCUGGCGAUUUGCCCGCAGGCGCUGCUCCCAAGCCUGCCAUCAUCUACGAGUCGACCGUCGACAAAGGUCGCAACUGGGAGGUCGCCUUUGCCGUCUCGGAUGGCGAGUUCCGUCAGGUGUCGUUCGUCAACAACAUCGCGACCAUCAAGGGUGGUAAGCAUGUCGACCACGUCGCCGAUCAGGUCAUCACGCGCCUCAUUGAGCAUGUCAAGAAGGACAAAAAGACGGGCAAGGUGAUGCCAAACCAGGUUCGACAGCAGCUCUGGGUGUUCGUCAACUGCCAGAUCGUCAACCCCACCUUUGACGGUCAGACCAAGGAAACGCUGACGCUCAAGCAGAGCGCUUUUGGCAGCAAGUGGACGCUCACUGACGAGUUCGCCAGGAAGGUCAUCAAGUCGGGCGUCGUCGACAAUAUUGUUAGCUUUGCUCGCUUCAAGCAGGACCAGGCGCUCAAGAAGACCGACGGUCACAAACGCACCAGGAUCACCAACAUCCCCAAGCUUGAAGAUGCCAACAACGCCGGUGGCAGGAAGGCCAAAGACUGUACGCUCAUUCUCACCGAAGGUGAUUCGGCCAAGUCGCUCGCUGUGGCUGGUAUCGUCGAGGUCGGACGAGACAACUACGGUGUUUUCCCGCUCCGUGGUAAGCUCCUCAACGUACGAGAAGCCUCGCACGAUCAGAUCAUGAAGAACGCCGAAAUCAAGGCCAUCAAGGAGAUCCUCGGUCUUCAGCACGGCAAGCAGUAUCUCGACGUCAACAGCUUGCGCUACGGCAGUAUCAUGAUCAUGACCGAUCAGGAUCACGAUGGCUCGCACAUCAAGGGUCUCAUCAUCAACUUCCUCGACCAUUUCUACCCGUCGCUGCUCAAGAUUCCCGGCUUCCUCGUCGAGUUCAUCACGCCCAUUGUCAGGUGCAGAAAGGGCAAGCAGGAUCUGUCGUUCUUCACCAUUCCCGAAUACGAGACCUGGAGAGAUGCGCACAAUGGCGGCAAGGGCUGGCAUAUCAAGUACUACAAGGGUCUCGGUACAUCCGAGUCGCAGGACGCCAAGAGGUACUUCCGAGCCCUCGAGAAGCACAAGCUGGCGUUCGAUGUCACUCGAGAUGGCGAUCGCGAGCUCAUCGACCUCGCCUUCAACAAGAAGAAGGCCGACGAUCGAAAGGAGUGGCUCCGUCAGUUCCGUCCCGGCACCUACCUUGACCACAACACGGACAAGAUCCCGUAUGCCGACUUUAUCAACAAGGAGCUCAUCCUCUUCUCGAUGGCGGACAACCUCCGAUCCAUCCCUUCGGUUGUCGACGGUCUCAAGCCUGGUCAGCGAAAAGUCAUGUACGUCAUGUUCGACCGCAAGAGCAACUCCGAGUUGAAGGUAAACACGCUCGUUGGUAAUGUCUUGGGUCAGGCAGCUUACCACCACGGUGAAGCAGCGCUCAGCAUGACCAUUGUCGGUCUCGCCCAGAACUUUGUCGGUAGCAACAACGUCAACUUGCUCGAGCCAAGGGGCCAAUUCGGUACGCGAUUGCUCGGAGGUAAAGAUGCCGCCUCAGGACGUUACAUUUUCACAGCCCUGCCCAAGAUCGCACGCGCCCUGUUCCCUCAAGCCGACGAUGCGCUCCUCGAGUACCUCGAGGACGACGGUCAAAAGGUGGAGCCUCACUGGUACAUCCCUGUGGUACCGCAGGUGCUCAUGAACGGUGCCGAAGGUAUCGGUACGGGAUGGUCCACUUCGGUGCCCAACUACAACCCGCACGAGAUCGUCGCCAACUUGCGCAGACGCAUGGCCGGUGAAGACGUCGUCCCCAUGAAGCCCUGGUUCCGCGGCUUCACCGGCGAUGUGGAAGAAUUCGGUCCUGGUCGUUUCAAGAUCAGCGGUCGGGUCACGCAAAUCGACGAAAAGACCUACGAGAUCACCGAGCUGCCUAUCCGCAGCUGGACUUCCAAUUACAAGGAGUCGCUCGAGGAGCGCAUCGUGUCCUCGGACAAAGUUCCAGCCACGAUCAAGGAUUACAAAGAGUACCACACCGAGUCGACGGUCAACUUCAUCGUCGAGCUGACAGCCAAGGGCCAAGCCGAGAUCGCCGAGAAGGGUGUCGAUACCUUCUUCAAACUUUCGUGCCAAAUUUCUACCACCAACAUGGUCCUCUUCGACCAGGACGGCAAGAUCAAGAAGUACACGUCUGCGGAAGAGAUCCUGGAAGAGUUUUAUCUCUUGCGUCUCUCGUACUACCAGAAGCGAAAGGAGCACCUGGUGGACCAGCUCAAGCUGAUGUACGAUAAGCUCUCGAACCAGGCCCGAUUCGUGCAGAUGAUCAUCACGCGUCAGCUCGUCGUCUCGAACCGCAAGCGUGCCGACAUUGUGGCCGAGUUGCGCCAGAAGGACUUCCGCCCGUUCCCCAAGCAGGGCAAAGCAUCGAUUGCUGCCGAGCCCGAGGACGACGAGGCGAUCGACGAGGAAGACAUCUCGGCCGACUCGGACUUUGACUACUUGCUCAACAUGGCCAUCUACAACUUGACCAAGGAGAAGGUGGACAAGCUGUUGAAGGAGCGGGAUUUCAAGGAGGAAGAGCUCAAGAUCCUCAUCGGCCGUUCGCCUCAGAACCUGUGGGACGAGGACCUGGGCAAGUUCCUGGAGCUGUGGGAGGAGAUGCUGGCUGAGGACGAUCGCCGACUCAAGGAUGUCGUCACCAAGGUCAAGAAGGGCAAGCAGCCCGCCAAGAAGUCGUCUGCCAAGAGCGGCGCUGCAGCUCGACGUGUGCUCAAGAAGCCCAUCAACUCGGACGGCGAAGAGGAAGAUGAUGGUAUGGACGAUGUCGACGGGGACGAUUCCGAGGACGACUUUAAGCCGUCGACCGCCGCUGCCAAGAAGAAAGCGGCUGUCCCUGCUGCACGGGUUAGUCCGGCCAAGAAGCGCGCUGCUGCUGAUGCGAUGGACGACGACGAUCUGGCACGACUGAUCGGAACCACCACCGCUACCAAGAAAUCCAAGGCCAACGGCGCUGGUUCGAGGUCGGCUACCGCUUCGCGAGCUGCUACUCCGCAGACUGUCGAGAUCGAUGACGACGAGAAUGAUGAUGACGACGACGACAAGAAGAAGUUGGCUCCUCUUUUCACAAAGAAGAGCGCGAGCGCUAAGCCUGCUGCCGCCAAAAAGGCCGCUGCUCCCAAGAAAGCAGCAGCAGCAUCGUCGACCAAGUCGGAGGAGGUGCGCAAGUCGUUCAGCUUGUCCGACUCGGAGGACGAGACGAUCGCGGCGCCCAAGAGCAAGAAGGCAGCGCCCGCCGCCAAACCUGCUGCUGGCAAGAAGGUUGCUGCCGGUCUGGGACGCAAGAAGGCACCUGCCGCCCUCGCCUCAGACACCGAAGACUCGUUCAGCAUCGAUAGCCCUGGUGCAGCUUCUGCGCCUGCUCGAGCUUCGGGUCGCUCACGAAGCGCGUCUGGCAAGAUGAGCUACAAGAUGGACGACUCGGAGGACGAAGAUUUCGAGUAG